AUGCUGCGAUGGUGGCGCAAGCAGCUCGAUAUUCGGGCUUUUCUGGUUUUCCAACGCCUACGACGAUUCAACCAGACCUUCAUUGUCCUUGCCGCUCUUGUCAGUGGGCUUGACAUUGGUGCCUUGUCUUACCAGGAAUUUCGCUCGCGUGGUGAAGACGAUGCUAGCCUAAAUCAUACCGCUGAGGGCUUCCUCUGCAGCUCGGCCAUCACGGCUGUCAUAUCUGCGCUUAUCGCGGGCAUGCUACUCUUUCAAUUCGAAGGAUUAGAGAAAGCGAGUCGACUAGAGCUUGCAGUGGCUUGGAUACCAUUAACGUUAAUGGACGUAGCAAUUGUCGAGUUUCUCAUUGGAAUUACGUGUUGGUACGCGGCCAACAAUGUACGCUGGAGAGGGGCUUUGAUGGCAACGCAACUGACCGCCUUACUGGGGCUCUGCAUUGCGCUUUCAGCAUUCAUGUGGCUUAGCAUGAGAGAGAAGGGUGGACUAGGAGAAGAAGAGAGGAAGGUCACUGCCGCCGAGAGGCGUGGGGUAGAUGCCGAUCGUGAAGAAGCAACCCAGGGUACUGAGUCCUGGCUUGGGGAGAUGACGGCGAAGUCUCAAAAUGAGACGAAUCAAGUCCAGCGUCAGGAAGCUGAGGCUGAAAAUGGAUCUGGAGAGGGUAAACCUCGCGCUAGAAGGCCCAUCAGCACCAAGACGAAUGUGGCCAAUGCAGAUGCAGUUCCAUCACCUCAGGGUCAGUAA